GGUCCACACCAGCCAAGAGUUUAAUCCACUCCCAACUCAUAUGUACUUACCAUAUGAAUACUUACAAACAUUUGUAUCGCUCGUAAGAAAUUAUCAAAAACGUCAAAAUGACUUCACUUAAAUAUUUAUUUAUUGGUCCAAUUGUUCAAACAAUUAAAUCUGGAGCUAAUAUUGAAUUACAAAUUAUUGAAGAAGCUGAUAUAGUCGUCCAAAAUGGGCAGAUACUUGAAAUCAUCAACAGACCGAAUAAAUCAGAAAUAAAAGCAGAUAUCAUCACAAUAUUAGAAAAAGGACAAUUUUUCACUCCAGGAUUCAUCGACUGUCAUGUCCAUGCUGUCCAGCUACCAAACAUAGGCCUUGGCUACGACAAAAGUCUCCUUGACUGGUUGGAAGCUUAUACAUUUCCUCUAGAGCUACAAUUCUCAGACAAUUCUUUUGCUGAAAAAGUAUUUGAAGCGGUUGUGAAACGUACGUUAUCACUAGGAACAACUACUGCUUGUUACUUUGCUUCGCUGUACAAUGAAGCUUCUUUGAUUCUGGCUGAAAAAGCGGUCAAGUAUCACCAACGCGCUUUUGUUGGGAAGCUCAAUAUGGACAGAGUACGCGAUGAUAAUUAUUAUGAAAGGACAGAUAUCUCUGUUGAUAAUACCAGGAAAUUUAUUGAUGAUGUUUAUAAACUUAAAUCUUCUCUAGUCAAUCCUGUUAUUACUCCAAGAUUUGCAUUGAGUUGUUCGAUGAAAUUGUUAAAACAUUUGGGGGAAAUUGCUAAAGAAAAUAAUCUUCUUAUUCAGACACAUGUAUGUGAAAAUACCGGUGAAAUUGAAGAAUGUAAAUCAUUAUUUCCCGACUGUCCAACUUAUACGUCCGUUUACGAACAAGCUAAUUUAUUAACAAAUAAGACUGUACUAGCCCACGGAGUUUUCCUCAAAGACAGUGAGUUAAAAAUUUUAACCAAGUAUAACUCAUCAAUAAUUCACUGUCCAUCUUCGAAUACUUUCUUAAGAAGCGGGCUCUGUGAUAUCCAGAGACUGAGAAGAAAUAAUAUCACCGUAGGACUAGGCACUGACGUAGCAGGUGGUAAUUUGAUGUGUAUGCUGGAUGUAAUGAGAUCAGCGCUAGAAGUAUCGAAUCACAUUGCAUUUAUCCAAGGUGACUCUUAUAAGCCGAUUGAUUUUGUCGAUGCUUUUUAUUUAGCAACUUUAGGCGGAGCUGAAGCGCUGUCAAUAGAUAGCCAAGUGGGAAAUUUAAUCGCUGGGAAAAAAUUCGAUGCUUUGGUCAUUGAUUUAAAAGCGAAAGAUUCACCAUUAGACAAUUUAAAAACUUUAACACUCAAGGAACAAUUGCAACGAUUAAUAUACUCUGGAGACGAUCGUAACAUUGUAAAUGUUUACGUAGAAGGACGUAAAGUUAAAUGAGUAUUUAUUUUUUGGAGUUGAGCUCCAAAAAAUUUUUAAUACUGCUGUUGCUUUGUUCAAAAGCUUUUACAAAACCUCGACAAUCUUUAUCCUGAAAAAUAUUAAUUUUUUAUUUAUUAUAAAUAAAAUACCUAGUAAUAGAUAAUAAAUAUUAUUAUUUACUUACUGGGAAGGGAUCUUCAAUAAUUAUGUCUCCAUUAGGAUUGUAACUUCCUAAUAAUUCAAUUUUAGCGUUACUACCUUCCGGUUUUAUUUUUUCAAGUUGUUCAAUGUUGUAUUGAUCCAUUCCAAAGAUCCAAUUGUGAGAAUAAAAAUCAUUUUUUGUUA